AUGAGCAGAAAUAGUAUUUGUGAAAGUGUUAUCCAUGGUGACUCUCAAAUAACUCUUGAAGCUAACCUAUUCCAAAUCUAUGACGUCAUCGAAUGUAAAUGCAAGUAUCCACCGGAUGAGCCAAUCAGUCGUCCAUCAACGCGUUCUGUCGUCUACCCUCCCUGUACUAUUUCCUCAUCACCCUUCGUGUCAGCUAUAUUCUGCUCUCAUUUUGUUGCGCAGUAUUUCCAACGUGUUAAUGUCCACUGUGCUCAAUUCAUUAUCACGGAUGCUGUUCCAAUAUUUUAUUUCCUUUCUUUCCGAAAUUGGCAAUGA